CCGUUCGCGAGCUCCGAGCCUCUCGGUGUGCUCUCCGCUGCACCUCCGUGAAGGGCGGCUCGCACGAGUUACCUUUCCUGGAUUGUUCUCUGCUUUCUGGAGAUUUGCAUUGCUGCCUUAAACCAUGGACAUCAUUGGGUUUCUGAAGUCUCAAUUUAUUUGCCACCUCCUUAUGAGUUACAUAUUUAUCGUGUCGGGUCUGAUAAUCAACAUCAUUCAACUCUUCACGCUAAUUAUUUGGCCAUUCAACAAGCAACUUUUCAGGAAGGUCAAUUGCAAGUUGGCUUACUGCAUUUCAAGCCAGUUGGUGAUGUUGCUGGAAUGGUGGUCAGGCACUACUUGCACCCUCUACACAGACUCACAGAAUUACCUCAAGUACGGGAAAGAGAAUGCCAUCGUAAUCCUUAAUCACAACUUUGAAAUCGACUUUCUCUGUGGUUGGAACUUUUGUGAAAGAUUUGGGGUUUUAGGGAGUUCCAAAGUACUUGCAAAGAAGGAACUUUCCUAUAUGCCGAUCAUUGGCUGGAUGUGGUAUUUCCUUGAGAUGGUUUUCUGCAGGCGCAAGUGGGAAGAGGAUCGGAAAACUGUCAUGCAAGGCCUGCUUAAUCUCAGAGACUACCCUGAAAUCUUCUGGUUUCUGAUUCACUGUGAAGGCACAAGGUUCACAGAGCAAAAACACAAAAUCAGCAUGCAGGUGGCAGAAGCCAAAGGCCUGCCCAAACUCAAGCAUCAUCUCCUGCCACGGACAAAAGGAUUUGCUGUCACCGUCCAGUGUUUGAGAAAUGUAGUUUCAGCUGUGUACGAUUCUACACUGAACUUUAGAAAUAAUGAAAAUCCAACUUUACUAGGAAUUUUAAAUGGGAAAAAAUACCAUGCAGACUUAUAUGUCAGGCGGAUUCCAUUAGAAGAAGUCCCGGAAGAUGAGGAGGAAUGUUCUCAUUGGCUUCAUAAACUCUAUCAAGAAAAGGACUCCUUUCAAGAGGAAUACUACAGGACAGGAGCAUAUCCGGGCACUCCAAUAGUUCCACCUCGGCGGCCAUGGACUCUCUUGAAUUGGCUUUUCUGGGCCUUAUUGCUGCUCUUUCCUCUGUUCAAGCUGCUCAUGGACAUGAUCAGCAGUGGCUCGUCACUGACGCUUGCUACUUUUGCCUUUGUCUUCGUGGCAACUUCAGCUGGUGUUCGAUGGAUGAUAGGUGCUACAGAAAUUAACAGAGGCUCGGCUUAUGGCAACCACGGUCACAAGGGAAAACGGAAGUGAACUCUCCAAAGACUGCUUCAUACCCAAAGGGAAGACACACACCUGCUGCGAACUGUUGUGCACAUCAUUCUCCUUCAAAUACGAAGACGAGGAAGCCUAACGGAGAGAUGGCCAUAGAUGAGCUGGAUUCAUUCUCUUCUUCCCCCAACCCUUCCUGCUGGGGAUAUUAGUCACCCUUCUGCACAUGAUUUGAUCAUUAUUUUCC